GAACAUGCGCCCUCACCUCUCCGAGCGAGCGCACGCACCACGGAUGCUUCCACUGCGGUCCACGGUCUGGUGUUGACCCAGAGUGCUGUUGCUGAGGACCAAUCCGCCGCUGGUACCGGUUCUGUUUUUUUUUAUUUUCUUGUGGAUACGCCAUGCAACCUCGUCCGUGGAGUUGUGCCACUCGGUCGGUGGCGUGGACGUGGGCUUGGAGUGUGCUGUGGCUUGGAGCGUGGGGCAUCCCCGCCAAUGAAGUAAACCUUCUGGAUUCCCGUUCUGUGAUGGGAGACCUAGGAUGGGUGGCUUACCCGAAGAAUGGCUGGGAGGAGAUCGGUGAAGUAGAUGAGGAUUAUGCCCCCAUCCACACCUACCAAGUGUGCCGCGUGAUGGAGCAGAACCAGAACAACUGGCUCCACACCAACUGGAUCCUGACUGAGGGUGCUCAGCGGGUGUACAUCGAGCUCAAAUUCACCUUGAGAGACUGCAACAGCCUGCCCGGGGGGGUUGGGACCUGCAAAGAGACCUUUAACAUGUACUACUAUGAAACAGAUGGUGAUGAGGACGAAAUGGAAGAUGGAGAGAUGAGAGAUGGUGUUGGCAUGACGGAGGAGGAAGAGAGGGCAAUGAAAGAGAACAGAUACAUCAAAAUUGACACCAUAGCAGCUGACGAGAGCUUCACUGAGCUGGACCUAGGAGACCGCGUCAUGAAGCUCAAUACUGAAGUCCGUGAUUUAGGUCCUUUGAUCCGAAAGGGUUUCUACUUGGCAUUUCAGGAUUUGGGGGCCUGCAUCGCUUUAGUCUCAGUGAGAGUUUUCUACAAACGCUGCCCAUUAUUGGUGAAGAGCCUGGCUGAGUUUCCCGACACCAUCCCAGGCUCAGAGGCAUCACAGCUGGUGGAGGUAGUGGGCCACUGCGUCAAUCACUCCCUGCCUUUAUACGAACCUCCUCGGAUGCACUGCAGCACAGAGGGAGAAUGGCUGGUGCCCAUUGGGAAGUGUGUUUGCAAGCCAGGAUUUGAGGAAAUUAGCGGAUGGUGUCAAGUCUGCAAAGUGGGCUUUUACCGCUCGCUGCUGGAGUCUUCGUCCUGCAGUAAAUGUCCACCUCACAGCGUGGCUAAGCAGACGGGAGCCACAGCUUGCAGCUGUGAAGAGGGAUACUAUAAGAUUGACUCUGACCCUCCUAACAUGGCCUGCACGCGGCCUCCCUCUGGACCUCGUAACGCCAUUUCCAAUGUUAACGAGACCAGCGUCUUUCUGGAGUGGUCCAUUCCUUUGGAGACCGGUGGUCGGAAAGACAUACGCUACAAUAUCCUCUGCAGACGGGUCCUGCCAGACGGUCGGGGUUUGGAAGAGUGCAGCCCCAGCGUGCGCUUCUUGCCUCGGCGCGUUGGCUUGUCAAACACGUCGGUGAUGGUGGCGGACCUGCAGUCACACACUAACUACAGCUUCCUGCUGGAGGCUGUCAACGGGGUGUCAGAGGUCGCCAAAGGCCACGCUAAACAGUACGUGUCACUCAAUGUGACAACCAAUCAGGCAGCACCAUCCCCGAUCAGUGUGGUCAGGAAAGGACACACUGGGAAGAGCAGUAUCUCCCUUUCUUGGGCCGAACCUGAUCGCCCUAACGGCAUCAUCCUAGAGUAUGAGAUCAAAUAUUUUGAAAAGGAGCAAGACUCAAGUUACACUAUUAUAAAGUCCAAGGACACUGAGAUGGUGGUUGAAGCCCUGAAACCCUCUUCUGUCUAUAUUUUCCAGGUGCGAGCCAGGACCUCAGCAGGCUAUGGUGCAUUUAGCCGGCGUUUUGAAUUCCAGACAAGCCCUUACUUAACUGCCACCAGUGAGCGUGCUCAAGCUUCGAUAAUAGCGGUGGCCAUCACGCUGGCUCUAGUUCUGCUGGCAGUGGUUGCUGGAUUUCUGCUCAGUGGACGGCGAUGCGGCUACAGCAAAGCAAAACAGGACCCAGAAGAGGAGAAGAUGCACUUCCACAACGGUCACAUAAAGUUCCCUGGGGUGCGUACUUACAUUGAUCCCCUUACCUAUGAGGAUCCCAACCAGGCGGUGCAUGAAUUUGCCCAGGAGAUCGACGUCUCAUACAUCUCCAUUGAAAGGAUCAUUGGUGCUGGGGAGUUUGGGGAGGUGUGCAGUGGCCCGCUGAGGCUGCCUGCCAAGAGAGAGAUCCAGGUUGCCAUCAAGACCCUGAAAGCCGGCUACACAGAGCAGCAGCGGCGGGACUUCUUGUGGGAGGCGUCAAUCAUGGGCCAGUUUAACCAUCCAAACAUAAUCCGUCUGGAGGGGGUGGUCACCAAGAGCAAGCCUGUGAUGAUCAUCACUGAGUACAUGGAGAACGGAUCUCUGGACACUUUCCUCAAGAAAAACGACAGUCAGUUCACAGUCAUCCAGCUGGUCGGUAUGCUGCGCGGCAUUGCAUCCGGCAUGAGAUACCUGUCCGACAUGGGCUACGUCCACCGUGAUCUGGCGGCCCGUAAUAUCCUGGUCAAUAGUAACCUUGUGUGUAAAGUCUCUGAUUUUGGUCUGUCCCGAGUCCUGGAGGACGACCCAGAGGCUGCAUAUACCACACGGGGAGGAAAGAUUCCUAUCCGCUGGACAUCUCCUGAGGCAAUUGCAUACCGGAAAUUCACCUCAGCUAGCGACGUAUGGAGUUACGGGAUAGUCAUGUGGGAGGUGAUGUCAUAUGGAGAGAGGCCCUACUGGGAGAUGUCCAAUCAAGAUGUAAUAAAAGCAGUAGAGGAGAGCUAUAGGUUGCCCGGUCCCAUGGACUGCCCUGAGGCCCUGUAUCACCUAAUGAUGGACUGCUGGCAGCGGGAACGCAGCAACCGUCCAAAGUUUGAUGAGAUUGUUUGCCUACUCGACAAGCUUAUUCGCAACCCCAGCUCAUUAAAAAAACUGGUCAACUCCUCACACAGGGUUUCCAACCUGCUAGUGGAGCAUGCCAGUGUAGAGGGAGACUGCAGCACUCGGAGCCAGACUGUAGGAGACUGGCUGGACUCUAUCAAAAUGGGACGCUAUAGUGAACUCUUCAUGCAGGGAGGAUACUCCUCGCUGGAAACGGUGGCUCAGAUGACAUCAGAAGACCUGAGAAGAGUAGGAGUGAACUUGGCUGGACAUCAGAAAAAAAUUAUCACAAGUAUUCAAGAGAUGAGAGUUCAUAUGAACAACACCAGCUCCGUAAACAUCUGAUGAAUAUGUACAGGCAUGCGCACACAUCUACACAUCCAUACACACGUACGUACAUGACGAUAUAUGGACCUAGUAUGUAAUCAAACAACUGUUGGACCUAGCGUGGCUUGGCACUUUCUGAGAAUAAGGAUUCUCUAUCUAUGGAUCUACACCGGAUUAUCCGCGUCUUGGUGGUUUUUGUGGAGUUUGCUUGUGGUGCCACUGGAGAUAAUGGACAUUGCUGCCCUAAAACCAAUCUGAAAUGGAGUGAGUAGUGCUCCUUGGAGGAGUAAGGAUGGCAAGCUGAGCUACACUUGAAGGAUGCCUUUCAUUCGAAUUAUCCAAAAUUUGUGAAUUUGGUAGGAUUUUCCAAGAUAAAACAUGACAUAAAGACACUUGAUCUGGCCAAUCUUUUUUAUUUUUUGGCUGGAAUACAAAGGGAGUUUCACACAGCAGGCUCGAACUGAACUUUUUUUUAACUCGUCUCAGGUGAGCUGAGCAGAAAACAGAACAAAAAUGGCUUAUUCUUUGGCAGUUUUCUCUGGAAGCAGAGUUCCAUCAGGAGUUGUAGAGCUGAGGUACAACCUCAGGCAAGGCAAAUGUAACAGACACAGAGCAUAAUCCUCUAACUGUCAAUCCUUUUCAUGUUGAUGUGCUCUGGUUUAUUUGUUUUUUGUCUCAUAACUGGUCUGCAUGCCACAAAACUGCAGCUUCGGCCCCACUAUAUAACUCAUGGAAGGUCUACAUUUAUAUUUGCUGUCGUGCAUUUAAUUUUCUUCAAAAGAAACACAAAGCAGAUGAAAAUGAGGCAGACUUUGCGGUUUAAAAGAUGCUGGAAUUCAGAACUGGGUCUGAUCAAGAUAAUGAUAGGGAAAUCGAAACAUAAAGUGUCAAAAGAUGCAAAUGUUUAGUCAUGAGGAAAGUCUCUGGAGAUACUCUUCUGUCUGAAUGUGUAACACUGAUAAAAAUGCCAAUAACCAGUUACUGUAGGUGCCACAAACCGGUCACUGAAUGAAGAUUGUAAAAUUCUCUAAACCGAGUCUGACACAUCCACCUAUCACCACAAAAGCUGCAGUAUGUGACUUCUGAUCUACUACUGUUUUUUGUUUUAACCACACAGUUUAUAUGUUUCAUUGACCUUAUUUAUUUUUUUAUUCAAGUCAAUGAACAGCAUCACAUACCCUGCAUAGCUUCACUUCAGAGUCAAACUAUUUACAAAGAUUAAACUGGAACAUUUGCUCAGACACUAACACAUCCUCCACCCGAGCUCAGAUGAAUCUUUAGGAGAGUUUUAGACCAAACACCCGAACUCAACAGUCACACGUUUUUGAAUGGAAAAUGUUGCUGACGGUGGGCUUCAGUGGGCCCCAUCGAUUUUGAAAUUCCUUUUAGGGAAAUCAUGGAAAGUUCAGUCAAUCCUAGUGAAGCAUUUGAACUGUCUCUCGGGAGUGGGGUUAUCCAACUGGCCCAUUUACUGAUAUUCUAACCAAACUGCUGCAAGGAAUCCAAAGCAGCCUUUACCAUUCAAAAGUGCACUCAGAUCUCAUUGAGCCUUCACUUGGAACCAACAAACUUCAGGUACCACCGGGAACCCUCAGUACUCUGUUCACAAUGCCGCAGACUAUCUCUUGCUCACAUGACUGCCACACCACAACAAACCUCACUCUAACAGGACUGCAGAAAAUAAGAAGGUCAUCCUGAUAAUCAUUUAUUUAUUUACACUUGUAUGAAAAAAAUAGCAAAAAAUAUGUGUUAUGUUUCAUAAUACUCUCUUUUGGACUACUAAGCAGCUCUGCCUACAUGUCUUUUUUUUGUGUAUAUAUUGUAUUAUAUAUUUAAAGCAGGGAGCUUUAUUCUUCUGUCUACCGUCAUGUAGACGAGUCGGUAUUGAUCAUGCAUCUCAGAGUAGUACACAAAAGUGUUAGUGACAAAUAUUCUAAAUCUGCAUUUCUGCUAUUCAACACAUGACUGUUAGAUGGGGGUUGCCUGCACAUUUCCCCCAUAUAAGGGUCCCUAAAAGGAUACAUAGAAAGAGCAGAUAUUCAUCUUAUGUUAUCGGUGAUUGUGUAAGAAGAAUGCCUAGGGACUGAUAAGCGCUUCAGUUGUAUGGUUUAACAGUUAACAAUGAUGUCAGUCAUCAAGCCUGUGCUGUACUUCACUUUGGUAUGGAGCAAUGUCUUCUCUGUGCUUUAAUGCUAAAAAUUGACCAUUUUUCACUGCUGCAUCCUCCUGAGCAGAAAUUCACACUAUAACUAUCUUUGCAGAUGGCAUACUUAUAUUUUCUUGGUCCAUAUAGUGCCAGGGCAAAAAACGUUGGAAUAAAAUGAGAUUGUAGUCUUUUUUUUUUUUUUUUUAAGAGGUGGUAUCGCUUGACCUUAUGAAAAGCACACAAGAAUGUAAGGUUUUGAAGGGAUUUCUUUUUUUUCCAGAGAACAUGUUUAGCUUUUGCAGGUUAAAAUGAGUUGGUUGGUAGUAGGGGUGUAACGAUACACUAAUCUCACGAUACGGUACGAUACACGAUAUUAAGGUCACGAUAACGAUAUUAUAGCAGUAUUUUUUUAACAACCUUGAAUGAGGAACAUAUGACUGGAAAAAAUUUUCUUUUAUUUGAAAGACACAAAAUACAAAAAGAUACUGUGCCCUAUUGUUACAGUUUGUAAUGCUUUAUAACUGUUUAAGUUUUAAAGAGAAAGCCAGGCCAACUAUUUUCCAGAAACUGAACUAAAAGUAAAUGUCAGGUUUGCAUUAUGCAUCUUCAGUUUGAUACAAGUACAAAUAUUUUGCCACAAACUGAAUAGUUUCUCUCAUGUAUGAUUUGACUUUUUUCUUUUCCAGAAAUUUAACAACUAAAAUUGAAUAAAAGUAAAUAAAUAAACUAUGAAAAGUCCCAAACUCAAAAUGCAAAAUGACAGUUAUUUAUCUUCUGACAGAGCUAAGAGCUUCAGCCACAUGCUCCCAUGCUGAGGCUGUAAGGUGAACCCCGUUAUCAUUUCAUCCCACUCCCACCUUUGGGGAUGACACAAUCUUUACAUCAGAAAAAAGAUUGGUUCAUGCUCCCCUCAUAAGUAAAAGUUCGGAGCUUCAAAACCCCCCAAGAGUCCCGUGAUCGGGACCGCAAAACGGUACUAGUUUUUCUGAGCGUAGUAAGAUUUUCGUCCGCGGGUCGAGGCGCGGUCGUCACGUGAUCCCGCUGCACCAAUACGAUGCGUGUUACUAGUAAACACAAUACAUUAAUAUUAAUAACCCAAUAUCGCGCUACAGUUUGUCACCUCCACGACACGUAUCGUGACGUUUUUGUAUCGCACCCCUAGUUGGUAGUAAGUUGCUGUACAUGAGACAUUAAAGCUUUUUCUUCUGCUGUUGAGAUAUUAAAGGAUAAAAUGUUAGAAAGGUUGAACACGUUUUAAAUUCUCUGAGAGGUGAAAUGAUUUGCCAGAGUGAAACUUUGUUUGAAAAAAUGUGUGCAUAGUCUCUGUAGUCUGCAUUUAUCACCUCUGAGUUGUGGCUCCAGCUUGUAAAGUGGCAUGCUGUAUUUUAGUUUUAAUUAUCAGGGAAUGGAAGCCACAGGAACUUUACAUAUGUUGUUUGUACCUUGUUAUAAGCCACAUGACAUUUGAUCUUUUUUUCUUUGUUUUAAAUAAGAGCAGUUAUUGUGUUAUGUAAAUGCAGGGUCAUUUUGGACUGUAAACCUGCACAUGUAGACUGUUGUGACUAUGCAGAUAUUUGACUUGGUAAGGGAAAGAAUGUGUUACCUGGUGCACAACAUAAUGCAUGUACCAAAAGAGUAAUUGUAAUGGGUGCCCUCUAAAUUACCAACCAGCAACUUCUCCGUCAAUGUAUCUUGAGUGACAUGAAUAUCAUGAGAUAUCUGAACUUUCAGUGUUUUGGUUUUGACAAAAUUUCAUAUUGUGGUCCAUUCUCCUCUCCAGCUUAAAACCUAUGUGUGGGGCAUGAACAAUUGAUGAAUAACACACCCUUACAAGUGCCUCGCAUCUUAAGAGCACCACCGUUUCCUCUCCUGUGAAAAUGCUUUGCCCCAAUUGUACCCGCGCUUUCUUUAAUAUUUACUGUUUGCCAACAAUGUCUACAGGCAAUAAGAAGAAUGUCAGACAGUGUAUGUAUGUUAAAAUCAAUUUAAUUUGCACUUUAUGAGAAAAUGAUUGCCCUUUUUUUGACUGAUAUGUUUAUACGAAGCUUAUGUUGUAGUUUUCCCAGAUUUACUAUACGAUUACUGUGUUCCUUGAUGGUGAUUCUGACAUUUCACAUUUUCAAUGCUUCCUGUGAUGUGACAUUUGACAGUAAAGCACAAAAGUAUUGGUAAUAUUUUUAAGACGAGAAUUGGCGUAUGACCCAAUUUUCUUUUUAUGGCACAACAUCACGUGAAUGGGUUCAGGCAAAUGUUAAAAACCAAUACAUGCUGCCUCACAUCGGUAUCAAGAGUAAAACUUUUAUUUCGAUACACAAGUGCAUGGAGAGACAUCUUAAAGAUUUUAAGAUACUUAAGAAUCCUGGGGUGGGGAUUGUCAGGUUUGGGCUUUUUUUGUUUUUCAAAAGCCUGAUGAAUAUAGUGGGUUAUAUUAGGGGACAGGGUCAUGGGUCAAGCAGGACUGACAUUGUCCUGUUGGUAUAGUUAUAAUUACUACUUACGGAGUAUUUCAAGGACAAGGAAAUAAAAUAAUUUCAGCUGAAUCAUCCAACCAGAUGAGCUGCAAACGAAGUUGGAGUCCAUGUACAACUCUGUCCUGGUUGCAAGAAUGUUUGGAAUAAACUUGAACUGAUCUCACAUCUCUAGCAGGCAUCUUCAUCACACAAACUUGCUUUGUACUAUUUUGUGCCAUAUAAUAAAGACGUCAUGGAGGGUUUCAAGAAAAAUACGUCUGGAGUGAAGUGUUAUAAAAGCAAUCACACACUCCCAUGUUUGUUUCAUUAACACAAAUAUUGUUAGGAGUAAACUUUCAACUUUGACUUGUCAGUGGAAAAAAACUUCUGUUACAGCCCACCUCACAAUUAUCGAUCUCGGGAAAUGGGAAAAAAAACUAAUUGGGUGAUCAUGGGAAAAUAUGCAGCUUCCACUCGUUGUACAAAAACAGGUUUGCGGUCAUUAGGUUUUGUCAGAUCAUAAACAAAUAUUACGUUAUCAGUAAUUCGCGCUUAAAGUUAUGAACAAGUGAAUAACUGACAUGUGAUUCAUUGAAAGCACAGUAAAAAAUACUUGGCUAUUGAUGUGCUAUUGGUUUUGUCGUUGAGACUGUUGUGUAUUAUGUUUGUGUUGAUGUUUUUGUAGUGUCUUAUCAAAUUCUAUAUUUUUACAAUAAAAAAUGAAUAAAAAAAAAAUCAA